AGAAGUCCAGCAGACACUUCGAUCUGCAUGGCACACACACUCUGAACCUAUUCUAAACCACAGCUCUCUCCAUCAUCUUGCUAACAGAGGAAAUUUAUCACAUUGUUUUUUUCCCUCCAAAGCUGAAUUUUGACCUCGCGUGGUGAACCGUUUUUAAGAAGUGGCUACACGUACUGGAAAAAGUAAAUCUUUUUUUCUUAGGAAUUUUUUUUUUUUGGACUUGCUCUUUUAAAGACACAAAGUACUAGAGGCGUUCGCCCUCUGUCCAGCGCAGCUGCGAACGUUUCAGUCACACGCUGUAGAUGAGUUGACCAGAGGAGGAUGGGUUCCCCCCUUGAGCCUGGUUCCUUUCCAGGUUUCUUCCCAUCUGCCACGGGGACUUUUUUCUUGCCACAGUUGCUUUAGGUUUGCUCCUGAGGGAGUUUACGCCUGGGUCUGUACUCGUUGCUACUGUAGCAUACUGUAGUACUGAAGCGUAUUGUGACAAUUGUUUAUGAAAUUUGCUAUAUAAAUACAUUUUGAUUUAUUGAUGAUUGAGCUGUUCUAAAGCCCAGCUCUCUUCAUUAGCUUGAUAAGUGAUGAUACUAUGAUACUACAACGAGUAAUGGAUUGUGGAGUCAAACUCUGGAUUUGUGCUUUAAUGUUUGUAGGAGAGGGUGUGUGCUUGUGAUUAGCUGGAGAAUGAGAUUCCAUUUGGAUUAACACACAUGAGAGAGAACUGACAGAACCUGAGGAACAGGGCUGGUGUAAAACUGCUGGCAGAUCAGCCAAUCAAACCUCAGUGGUAUAAUGCUGCCUCCUGCAAGAAGUGCUGUUUGAUUAUCAGGUGUGUCUAACAGGAAGAGCGAAGUAAAGUUUCUCACAGGUAAAGCUUUAGUUACAUCGUGGACUUUUUAAAAAGAUUCUAAUGUAUGUUUUCCAGAAAGUAAUGAAUUUCAGAAAAAAAUGUAUUGGAGGGAAAAACAAUGCGAGACUGAGAAGAAGAACAGAGAUUUGAGAGGAGGUUAAAGAGGCUUUUUUACCUGCCGUUUGAGUAACAGCAGUGAGUGAAACUGAAACUUAAGCUACUGGAUUUAGCAGGAAUCAUUACUGAGCUCAGAACAGACUGAGACAGAAUGGCGUCUGGAUCUUCUCUCAUGGAAGAGGAGCUCUCCUGUCCUGUGUGCACUGAAAUCUUCAGGGAUCCUGUUGUCCUGAGUUGCAGUCACAGCUUCUGUAAGGCCUGUCUGCAGAAGUACUGGGAACAGAAGGGAUCUCGGGAGUGCCCAGUGUGCAGGAGAAGAUCUUCUAAGGAUCGGCCUCCCCUUAGCCUGUCUCUGAGGAAUGCCUGUGAGGCGUUCUUACAGGAGAGAAGUCAGAGAGAAAAAGCUAAAUCCGAACUCUGCAGACUGCACAGUGAGAAACUCAAACUCUUCUGUUUGGAUGAUGAUGAACCCAUUUGUGUUGACUGUUUAAGAGAACAACACAGAAAUCACAACUUCUGUCCAAUAGAGGAGGCUGCUCUGAAAUAUAAGGAGAAACUCAGGACUGCACUGGCUCCACUGCAGGAGAAGCUUAAAGCCUUUAAUGCAGUGAAACUAGUCUGUGAUCAAACAGCAGAGCACAUCAAGAGCCAGGCCCAGCACACAGAGAGACAGAUAAAGAUGGAGUUUGAGAAACUUCAGCAGUUCCUAAAAGAUGAAGAGGCAGCCAGGAUCGCUGCACUGAGGGAGGAAGAGGAGCAGAAGAGUCAGAUGAUGAAGGAGACGAUUGAGAAGAUGACACAAGUGAUAUCAUCCCUUUCAGAGCAAAUCAGAGCCAUAGAACAGGAGCUGGGAGCUGAAGACGUCUCAUUCCUGCAGGUAAGUCAUGUGUCAUAAUCACACAUAAAACAUAUUUAUCAAUUU